AUGGCCUCCAGCUUUUGGUCCCUUGCUCUUUGCCUAGCUGUUCUUGGAGCGUUCUCAUCCUGCGCGGCCGUACGCGACGACUCCCAAAUAUAUGCCUCAGCUGAAGUUCAUAAAAAUGGCAGUAAUGUUGUUCCUUCCUCCGGAGAAGGCGUUGAGGCGCCUUUUCCCGAGCACGUCGACGGGCCGGGCAGAUCCAGCGGCCCUCCUCGUCACGUGUUUACAGGUCCUACAGGGCCCCGCGGCAGCAACGUCCAUCCUGGAGACGAAUACGAGCAUCAAAGAGAACUGAAUCCCUCCGGCAUUGCACUCGUCUCUCCUGAAGGGCUGCCACCUUGGAGAAGGAACUUCCGCUACGGCGAACCGUCAGGCUCGCCGCAGAGGAUACGCGCACUAUCGCAGGCUGAGAAAGACGGUGAGCGGGACGGGAAUGGACGGCACUUGCUGCAAAGCGAUAGCGAAGAGUGGGAGGCUGGAGACCGUUUAUUACCGGAGGCACCCUCCCUUCGGCGGGGAAGAGAGGAAUUUCUAAGGCAGGAGCCCCUGAGCAGCUCAUUUGAGAGCGUGUCUGAAGAGAGUAGAGACGCUUAUCCUGAUGACGUACAGACGCAGAGAACUGCAUCUCUUGAUGAAGGCGCAGAUACGCGGGUAGUCCUCGAAAUGGCACGCAGAAUGAAAAGCCUGGACGGAACGAUAUCCAUACCUUCGCCCUUGGCUCACAGCUUGCUGUAUCGAACGAGGGACAUAGCUAAUCCCCUUAACUUUGCCAACUUCCUCGCAGAAGGUCAAGAGUGGCUCAUUCCAGGUGCUGGGAGCCUCUGGGAAGGCCUUGGGCGCCACGUGGAUUCACUUUUUUCGGGGCUCUUCUUGAAGACAGCCAGCAUUUUACCAAAUUAUAAGCGUAACGUGAUUAUUUGCUAUAAGGAAUACAAGCCAUCAAUGUGGAUAGAAAUGUUUGGCCAAAGAAACCAGUUUCUCCGGCAGCUGGCUUCGCUUUUUCAAGGCACACAUCGCAUGCAAUCUGUUUAUCUUCGAAACCUUGGGAUGGAGAUAUUUGAAGUGCCGCCACUGUGGCGUGUUCGUGAAUUCAUUGCCACUGUGCUGAAGCUGGAUAACUACGUGAGCCACGUGUAUACUGACCACCUGGUUAGUGACUUCGACAGCGAACUCCAAGUGGCUUUGCCGGACGAUCCGUCCCAAGAAGAAUUAGCUUCAGAGCCUCUCCAUCACCGUCAAACUGGUACCACAUUUGCAACUGAUGCCGGGCAGCACCAGACAGCGAGCCAAUUUAAGGCGCCAAGUCGCAGGCUGGAGGUUAUGACGAAUGACCCCUUUACUUGGCAGCAGUGGGCUAUUGUGGACAGCGGCCCCACCAGAUGGGGAAUCGAAGCCCCCAAUGCAUGGGAGGUUUGGACAGGCCAGGGGCUGAAGCCGCGAUUCACAGUUGCCGUGAUAGACAGCGGCGUCGACUACGAGCACCCUGACCUGCAGAACCAGAUCUGGCGGAACCCAGAUGAAAUCUGUGGAAACGGCAUUGACGACGACUUCAAUGGAUUUGUAGAUGAUUGCAUAGGCUGGGACUUUGUGAAGGGGACCAAUCUGCCUAUGGAUGAUAACGGUCACGGCACCGCAUCAGCAGGAAUCAUUGCUGCUGAGCCAAAUAACGGGAUAGGUCUCACUGGGGUUUGUUGGGGCUGUGAUAUCUUGGUACUAAAGGCACUAAAUGAGGACAUAAAGGGAACCAUAAGUGCAUUUGCUAGAUCGCUCGACUAUGCGAUUGGAAAAGGGAUUAUGCUGUCGAACAACAGCUAUGGGGGAAGAGGCAGCGGCUUUAGAGGCCUUCAAGAGGCUGUACAACGAGCACGACAAGCUGGAAUGAUUGUUGUCGCCGCUGCAGGGAACUACAACGGCAAUAACGACAACGACAAGCAGCCCGUUUUCCCGGCAUCGUAUGAUCUAGACAACGUUGUCUCCGUCGCAGCCAUUAGCCGCAAUGGCCAGCUUGCACCAUUCAGUAGCUAUGGAAAGAGGCAAGUUGACGUUGCAGCUCCAGGCGCCAAUAUAAUGACGACUUCGGCCAGAAAAAGCUACAGAUCUGUCAGUGGGACAAGCUUUGCCGUCCCCAUGGUGACGGGCACCAUUGCUCUCCUAUGGACACGCCGUCCACAGCUGAAUUACCGCCAAGUCAUCCACCGUCUACUUCGAAGCGUGAAAAAGAAUCCCCACCUUGAAGGAUUGAUUGCAACAGGAGGCACUGUUGACGCCUGGAGCACACUAGCAAAAGAAGACAUACUAGACCCGUAUGCCGCCCUUCCCGUUCUUCCCAUGACAUGUGCUUCAGCUUCGUGCAGUCAAUACGCGACCUGUUCAGAUGCGCAGGGAACAGCGAAGUGUGUGUGCAAUCGUGGAUUCGAAGGAGACGGAAAGUGCUUCAACUUCAGCGGAACCUUUGACUGCAUCUGCCCGCGGGGAACAGCAUGGAAUGGUAUCUCGGGACCUGCCGCACAGUGUCUCAGAAUAAAUUCGCCAAACCGGGGGCCCUGUGCCCACAAUGGAGGUUGUGGCGUUAAUUCUCUGUGCCAAGCGCUUUUUACACCAGAGCCGACGCGAAAAUGCAACUGUGUCAAUGGGUUCAAGCCCUUGCGCUUGGGUAACCGGGAUAUCACGGCCGCCAUGGCGAAUUCUCAGAUGAGCUCAUUCGAUAACACAGUGUGCAUUCGUGAAGACAUCCUACCGGAAGAACAGGCCUACUACAUCAUAACUAUGCACAGAGAACGGCUCCAGCACAGGCGAAUGUCCCUGUCAACACGGACCACAGCAGGAUACGAUACAACGACCAACCCGCAAACCACAACACAGUUUCCCGAACACCCUCGCAUGGGACUUUCCACCCAGCAGAACCUGAGCCGUGCGCCUGCGGCAAACAUCCCAACUCCACUCACAGCCGAGCUGUUGAAGAAGACGUGGGAUUCAGGUGUCACUGCCCCAGUUCAGAGUCUGUCCGGUUCUACCCAGGCGAAUAUGCCUCACCGUACUCCUGCACCGACGGACUUCCAUACAGCAGCUUCCAACCAGGCACAAACUUUGGAAAAGCAGCGGAUGGUGCCAGUGGCAAGAAGCUCGUGCCUGCUUGGAGUGUGCUUUCGGUAG